AUGCAAAAGGAGCUGACUUUCCAAAUCUGUCUCAUACAAUUUGAGAAGAUUGUUCAACGUAGUGAAACGACUCCUGUUAGUCUCAAAACCAAUGAACCAUCAGAACCUAUAACACUGGUUAUUGCAAAACCCACCAAGAGAGCAACAAAUACAAAACCCACUAGAAAAGGUGUUGAGUUUAAAACUGCCACUAUCAAUCAUAACAUACCAAAAGUUUCACCAAAUAAAUCUCUUUACCAGCUAAUCAAGUGUAGUCUAUCAUAUCCGUAUAAAAGGAACAUCGUUGCUUGUGGUACCGUUCACUUGUCAUCAGAAAGACAAUUCAUUCAUGAAGUUCCUUUACAAGAUGAUUGCUAUAAAGUUUCCCUUGAUGAAGUGGUAAUAAAACAUGCAUUUCUACCCCAUAAAAAUGGAGAAUUCACAUUAUUUGAGGAUGCAUAUAAAAGUUUUGUUGCAUGGCCAAAAUACCUUGUGCAAACCGAGUCAAAGGUACCAGAAAUUAUAUCACAUCAAAACUCAACGAAAAGGAAACCAACUUACAUAUCAUCUGAUGCCCUUCUCAAGAAGACAAUGAGCAAUACAAACAAGAUGAAUGCCUAG